UCGCAGUGGGCGGAGUUCCCGUGGAAUCUGACUUCCGGCCGCAGACAUGGCGCCGACUAUCCAGACACAGGCCCAGCGGGAGGACGGACACCGGUCCAGUUCUCAUCGGACCGUCCCAGAGAGGUCAGGAGUUGUAUGCCGAGUAAAAUACUGCAACACGCUUCCUGAUAUUCCCUUCGACCCCAAAUUUAUCACUUACCCAUUUGACCAAAACAGAUUUGUUCAGUAUAAAGCCACAUCUUUGGAGAAACAGCACAAGCAUGACCUGCUUACUGAACCUGACCUUGGUGUAACUAUAGAUCUAAUUAAUCCGGACACCUACCGAAUAGAAAGUGGAGGUAUCCUUGACUUGGCAGAUGAGAAACUUUUAGAAGAGGAAAUUCAGGCACCAAGUAGCUCCAAACGGUCCCAGCAGCAUGCUAAGGUAGUGCCAUGGAUGAGGAAGACUGAAUAUAUCUCAACAGAGUUUAACCGAUAUGGAGCCUCCAAUGAAAAACCAGAAGUCAAGAUCGGGGUGUCUGUUAAACAACAAUUCACAGAAGAAGAUAUCUACAAGGACAGAGACAGCCAGAUCUCUGCAAUUGAGAAGACAUUUGAAGACUCUCAGAAGCCGAUUAGCCAACAUUACAGUAAACCCAGAGUUACACCGGUGGAAGUCAUGCCAGUCUUCCCAGAUUUCAAGAUGUGGAUUAAUCCAUGCGCUCAGGUCAUCUUUGAUUCUGAUCCAGCUCCUAAGGAUUCACAGGGAUCUGCUAUUUUGGAUAUGAUGUCACAGGCAAUGAUCAGGGGAAUGAUGGACGAGGAAGGCAAUCAGUUUGUGGCAUAUUUCCUUCCCGGAGAAGAGACCAUGAGAAAGCGAAAGAGAGAUCAGGAGGAGGGCUUGGAUUAUAUGGCGGAAGAUAUAUAUGACUACAAGAUUGCCAGAGAGUACAACUGGAACGUGAAGAAUAAGGCCAGCAAAGGAUAUGAAGAAAACUACUUUUUCAUCUUCCGGGAGGGUGAUGGAGUGUAUUACAAUGAAUUGGAGACCAGAGUGCGUCUUAGCAAGAGGAGGGUGAAGGCCGGUGUGCAGUCUGGAACCAACGCUGUGCUGGUUGUUAAACACAGAGACAUGAAUGAGAAGGAGCUUGAAGCUCAGGAAGCGCGGAGGGCUCAGCUGGAGAAUCAUGAGCCAGAGGAAGAGGAAGAAAUUGAAAUUGAUCGGGACACUCAGGGCUCAGAUGCUGAAGAUGGAGAGAAGGGUAGUGAGAGUGAGAAGGAAGCCAGCGGCGGAGAGGCUUCGGGCAGUGAAAGUGAACGGGAGGAAGGAGCCGAGGACAAAGAAGACGAAGAGAAGGAGAGUAGUGAAGAUGACAGAGCAGCCAGAGAUAAGGAGGAAAUUUUUGGCAGCGAUGCGGAUGACAGUAGUGAUGACGACGAUGAUGAACAGAAUGAGAGCGGGCAAGAAGAAAGUGGCAGUGAAGAAGAGGAUGAUGACAAGGGCAGAGGCCGCAGAAGCCGCAGCCGCAGUGGCAGUAGCAGUCCUUUUGGCAGUGAACAUUCUCAGCAGGAUAAUGAAAAUCAGAGUGGAAGUGACCAGGGAUCUGCGUCCAGUGAUGACAGUGACUAAGAGCCCCCACACCAGUCUCCGGUGUAAAUAAGCUGCUGGGGCCAGCUAAAAGUGACUGUGACAAAUCUUCUAGCCCUGACAUAAGGCUUUCUGUAAAUAAACAACUGUAAAUUACUUUUAGUUCAAUAAAUUGUUUUUCUUAAAAGCCA